AUGGGAUCAAUUGGGAAGCCUGGACUUAUACACGCGCCCGAGUGGCGCCAGUUCAUCGAAGAACUCGGCGACCUCCUCCUCAUGCGCGGCGAAACAGUCGCAGAGCUUUACGAAAACUCCAACGACCACAUCCAGAAGCUGCUAGCAAAGUACGACUUUCCACCGCCAGAUAUGUCAGUGACGACGGAGGACAUCACAUUGAAAGACGGCGUUUGGGUGCGCAUCUACACCCCGCCAGCAGCCGACAACACUGCGACAACGACGACGACGACGACGACGACGACGACGACAGCAGGUAGUGGCGGCAAAGCAGAGGAAGACGUAACAGUCUUCAUCCACGGCGGCGGCUGGAUCAUGGGCAGCGUAGACCACGAGGACACGGGCGUACGCAAGCUCUGCAAAGCCGUCGGACACAAGAUCGUGAGCGUGGGGUAUCGACUCGCCCCGAAAUACAUGUACCCCGUGGCGCUGGAGGACUGCCUCCAAGCGACGCUGUGGACACUGGAGCACUUUGCCCCGACAGUUUCCUCCGUCUCGCUGAUGGGCGGCUCGGCCGGCGCGAACCUCGCAUUCGGCGUCGCGUUGAAACUCCUCGACUCUGGACUCGGUGAUAAGUUCAAGGGCGUGCAUGCGCUUGUUCCCUGUGUUGUUCAUCCCGAUGCAGUUCCCGCAUCGAAGAAGGCACGGUUUACAUCGUACGAGGAGAAUGCCGAGGCGACGGUGAACACGUUGAACUGUAUGCGGUGUUUUCUGGAUAGUUAUGGCCCGCCGGCGGACGACGUUUACUUUUCUGUUCUGUUGCAUCCGCGGAUUGGGGAGUUGAAGAGGGUGUAUAUUGUGGAGUGUGGCGCGGAUACGUUGAGAGAUGAUGCGAGGCUUAUGAGGGAUGCGCUGGUGGAGGAGGGUGUGGAAGUGAAGUAUGAUGCGUACGCCGGGUUUCCGCAUUACUUUUGGUCUUAUCCGAGGAAGACGCUGGAGGAGGUGUCGAGGGUGUGCCAUGAGAAUAUGUAUAGCGGGUUGAGGUGGAUUCAUGAGUGA